AGAGAGAGAGAGGUCAAAGAGAGGAGGAGGAGGAGGCGGCGAGGCUGGGCGUGCCCGUUGCCCGCUGGAGAGCCGCAUAAGUUAUGCAAAUGAAGCGAAGCCCCCAUCGCUUCACUCUCCGCGUCCCCGCUCUGCCGGCUCCCGAGAGCUCGAGUCGCCGCUGCGGACACCGCGGGCUCCCCCAGCCCGCCGCCUCCUCCUGAGCCCUCCCCAGCUACAUCGGGGCUCCGCACGGGACCCUUCCACUCGCAGGCGAGGCGCUGGUGCCGCGAGUUGAGAAAGUGGCGCAGCCUGCACCGCCCUGCAUCACCCUGCAUCACCCUGCGCGUCGGAGUCGCGUCCGAGACCCGGGAACUGCGUGCGGGGAGAAGUUGCGGAUGCGACGAGAGACGCGGGGAGACGGAGCGGGAGACGCUGCCAGUUGAGUGGAGCGGUGGGGGAGAGACACCGCGAGACGGCAGGGAGAGAGAGAGGGAGUCCGAGUGAGACGCGGGGACACGGGGACAGGUAGGGUGGGGUGGGGGUACUGUCUGAGACAGCGCUCAGGUAAAGAGGCGAGGGGUGAGCGGAGACGCGGGCGGGCACACGGAGACAGGGAGACACCCACGGAGACAGGGGGGAGACACACACAGAGACAGGGAGACAGACAGGGAGACAGGGAAACAGACAGGGAGACACACGGAGACACACACGGAGUCAGGGAGACACACACGGUGAUCACAGACGGGACGUUACGGACGCCGAUUCGUAGACACGCAAACGGACACGCAGAUCGACAGCCACGCGGAGACGUGGGGGACGAGAGGCGCGCGGACACGGAGAGAGAGAGACACGCGCAGACGUGGGCGGUGUGGGCACCAUGUCGCCUUCCCGCUACUGCCGCUGGGGGUGCCCCUUGCCAGCACCGCUGCUGCUGCUGUUGGUGCUGCUGGCGCUGAGCGGGGGGAGCCACGCGGCGCGGCUCCGCUGGUUCGCCAGCGCCGACUGCGUGCGCGGGGACGCGGCCCUCGAGCUGCGCGAGGAGGCGGCCAACGUGGUCCUCACGGGGACCGUGGAGGAGAUCCUCCACAGGGACCCCGUGCUGCACACCUACGCGGGCAUGGUGCGCGUGUGGCGCUUCCUCAAGGGCCGCGAGAUCCUGUCCCCGAGCGCGCUCAUGGACGGCGGCCGCAAGGUGAUGGUGGGCGGCUUCGGUGAGCCGAGCAUCUGUGACAACCAGGUGUCGACGGGCGACACGCGCAUCUUCCUGCUCAACCCCUCCGCCAACGAGCUGUGGCCCGAGCACCAGGAGCUGCUCCAGCUCAACUCGAGCCUCAUCCGCAUCUCCCUGCGCAACCUCGAGAAGGUGGAGCUCGCCGUGCAAGAUAAACCCGUAAAGGAUCUGCCUCAAACCCCUCCCAGCGUCGUGGAAGUGUGCCGCCCCGUGCUGUGCGGGUUUGGCGCGGUGUGCGAGCGCGACCCCGAGGAACCGGCCCGCGGGGUGUGCGCGUGCCGCCGCGCCGACUGCCUGGCCGUGGUGGCGCCCGUGUGCGGCUCGGACGGCGCCACCUACGCCAACGAGUGCGAGCUGGAGCGCGCCCAGUGCACGCAGCAGCGCCGCAUCCGCGUCAGCAGCCGCGGGCCCUGCGGCGCACGCGAGCCGUGCAGUGGCGUGGCCUGCGGCCUGGGCGCCUCCUGCGUGUCGGUGCCGGACGGCUCGCCGCCACGCUGCGUGUGCCCUUCCUCGUGCGCCGGCGCUGCCAACGCCAGCGUGUGCGGCACGGACGGCACCACGUACCGCAGCGUGUGCGACAUGAACAAACGCGCGUGCGAGACGGCCACCGACAUCCGCUACAAGUUCGCCGGGGAAUGCGACCCGUGCGCGGCCGUGACGCCGGGCCCCGACGAGCUGUGCCGCGUGGCACCGCGGUCCCGCGAGGCGGUGCUGCUGCCGCCGCCGGAGUCGUGCCCCGAGGGCGACGCGGCUGCCGUGUGCGGGGACGACGGCGUCACCUACGCCAGCGAGUGCCACUUGGAGCGCGCGGGGGCGCGGGCCGGCCUGAGGCUGCGCAGGCUCCACGGCGGGCAGUGCGCCCAGCACGAGCGGUGCCCACACCCGUGCCAGCACGGCGCUCUCUGCGCGGUCUCUGGCGGGGUGGCGCGCUGCUCGUGCGAGCGCAUUGUGUGCGACGGCGCCUUCCGCCCGUUGUGCUCCGCCGACGGGCGCACCUUCGGCAACGGAUGCGAGCGGCAGCGCGCCGCCUGCCUGGAGGGGGCCGACGUCCCCGUGGAACACGACGGGCCCUGCAAGCCGCUGCUGGCGAGCCCGUGCCAGGGCAUGCGGUGCGGGACGGGCGCUCGCUGCGUGCUCAAGGGCGGCGCGCCGGUGUGCGAGUGCCAGGCCGUGUGCCCGUCGCACGUUUACGAGCCGGUGUGCGGCGCCGACAACCACACCUACGCCAGCACCUGCGAGCUCGAGAGCAUGGCCUGCGCCAUGCAGCGCACCAUCGGCGUGCGCCACCGCGGGGCCUGCGACCGCUGCUCGGGCUGCCGGUUCGGCGCGGUGUGCGACGGCGAGGCGGGGCGCUGCGUGUGCCCCGGCGUGUGCGCGGGCGCCCGCAGCCCCGUGUGCGGCACGGACGGGCGCACGUACGCGAGCGAGUGCGACAUGAACGUGCGCGCGUGCGCGGAGCAGCGCCACAUCGCCGUGGCGUCGCGCGGCGAGUGCAAGACGUGCGGCGGCGAGGUGUGCUCGUUUGGCGCCGUGUGCCUGUCGGGGCGCUGCUCGUGCCCCCCGUGCCCUCCGGGGGAGCGCGGCCCCCCCGUGUGCGGCAGCGACGGGCGCACGCACCCCAGCGCCUGCGAGCUGCGCGCCACAGCCUGCCGCCUGCGCGAGGCCCUCAACGUCACCCACGACGGCGCCUGCGACGACUGUGAGGAGGAGGGGGGCGAGGGCGGCGUGUCGGGCUCGGGCUCGUCGGGCGACGUGUGCCUGGAGGAGCGCUGCCUGCGCUUCGGGGGCCAGUGGGACGACGACGUGGAGGACUCGCGCUGCCUCUGCGACUUCGCCUGCCGCAGCGUCGCGCUCAGCCCGGUGUGCGGCUCGGACGGGGUGACGUACGGCAGUGAGUGCGAGCUGAAGAAGGCGCGCUGCGACCGGCAGACGGACCUCACCUUAGCACGGCUCGGACUCUGCAUCAGGGAGCCUGCCCCCGUUCCCACGACCUCCGCCGACCCCGUGGCCCACUGCAGCCAAUCGGUGUACGGCUGCUGCCCCGACAACCAGACAGCUGCCCUCGGCGUGGGGCUCGCUGGCUGCCCCAGCACGUGCGCGUGUAACCGGCACGGCGCGUACGGCGCGAGCUGCGACGCGGCGACGGCCCAGUGCUCCUGCAAGCCGGGCGUCGGGGGCCUCAAGUGCGACCGCUGCGAGCCCAGCUUCUGGAACUUCCGCGGCAUCGUGGUGGAGGAGCAGCCCGGAUGCAUACCGUGCAAGUGCGACCCAGCCGGCUCCGUGCGGGACGACUGCGAGCAGAUGACCGGACGCUGCUCCUGCAAGGACGGCAUCCUGGGGCCCAAAUGCAGCCAGUGCCCGCCCGGGGAAGCCAUGGGGCCCGCGGGCUGCCGGGAAGAGCCGACCCCGGCCUCCUGCGGGCUGCUGUCGUGCCGCUUCGGCGCCGUGUGCGUGGAGGAGGGCGGCGCCGCUCGCUGCGAGUGCCCCACCGCGUGCUCCGAGCGAAACCUCACCAGGGUGUGCGGCACGGACGGGGUGACGUACGCCGAUCGGUGCCAGCUCUUCACCAUCGCAUGCCGCCAGGGCACAGCCAUUUCCAUCGCGUCCCACGGGCCCUGCCCAGAGCCCGUCCCCCCGUUCCAAGUGGGGGACCCCCACGUGGGGCCGCUGCUGCCUCCCCCCACCACGGGCCGCCCCCCCCACUCCGCGGUGGUGACGCUGCCCAAGCAGGCGCCCUGGACCCCCACCACCCCGGCGGCCAGGGCCUCCCACACCGCCUCCCCGCACGGCGCCAGCACCGCGGCCAUAGGGCAGCAGAAAGAGGACGAGGUGGAGGCGCUGCCCCCACCGGAGGAGGAGGGCAGUGGCUCGAACAGCGGCGAUGGCUCGGACCAGGAGGGCAGUGGCGGCGGUGGCGGCACAGCCAGCGGCACGGCCACCGGGGAAGGAGCGGUGAAGCCGGUCCCCGUGCCGGCCGCCAACGGCUCCAUCGCGGAGCGCUCCUCCUGCGAGAACUCCGCCUUCGGCUGCUGCCCCGAUGGGCGCACCCUGGCCACCGACCCCGCCGCCUCCACCUGCCCAGCGACGCGCGUCGUGCUGGCCCAGCUGUCCAUCGAGGAGCUGGAGGGCACCGAGACGACGUUCGGACCGUGGCUCUCGGACCCAACGUCCGAGCAGUUCGCGGAGAUGCGGAGCAGCACCGAGAACGGCCUCAGCGACAUGCUGCUGCACUCGGAGGUGCAAAAAUGGUUCCGCAGCGCCCGCGUGCUCCGCUUCGCGUCUGCGCCUUCCAACGGCCACGUCCAGGCCGACGUGGAGUUGCACUUUGACCCCAACUCGCGCGUCUCGGCGGAGGCGGUGCGGAGGGCGCUGCUCAAGGUGCUGCGCUCGCAGAGGAAGAGAGGCAUCGUCGUGACGAAGCCCGAGCACGGACACGUCUCGCUCCUCACGCCCGCGACGCCGCCCCCUGCGGCCGCCACCGUCUCCUCGCUCCCGGCCGCGGCGGCGACCGUCUCCGCGGUAACUCGGCAGCGCGCUCCUCCUCCCGCUCCUCCCGCUCCUUCCGCCGCUCCUCCGGCGGCGCCGUCCGCGGCUCCGUCACCGAAGCAGCGGCGGCCCGGGCCGCAGGAGAGCGACGACUGCGCCACCAACCCGUGCCUCCACUGGGGCCAGUGCCGCCCCGAGAAGCCCUCGGGUUACACCUGCAUCUGCCCCGUCGGGCGUGGCGGCGCCGUCUGUGAACAAGAGGUCCACUACCACCAGCCGGCGUUCGGUGGAGAUUCCUUCCUGGCCUUCGAACCGAUCGAGGCCUUCCACACGGUGCGCGUGAGCCUGCUGUUCCGCUCGAUGCGGCCCUCGGGCCUCCUGCUCUACAGCGGCCAGGCGCAAGUCCGCGACUUCUUCUCGAUUGCGCUCGUCAACGGAGUCGUCCAGCUGCGGUACAACCUGGGCUCGGGCAUGGCGGUGAUCACGAGCCGCUUGAGGCUGCAGCUGGGCCGCUGGUUCCGCGUGGAAGUGCAGCGCACCCGGCGCACCGGCUCCCUCUCCGUGGAGAAGGAGGUCCCUGUGGAGGGAGAGAGCCCCCCCGGCUCCGAGGGUCUCAACCUCGACAGCGACCUCUUCAUAGGGGGGGCACCCGCCAACGUCAUGCAAACUGUAAAGCAGCAGGCGCUGGUGCAGCGGGGACUCACGGGCUGCCUGACUCAGCUGCUCGUCAACGACGUCGCCUACAACCUGCAGAUCCAGGGCGGCGAGGUGCGGUACGGCCAGGGCAUCGGGGAGUGCGGCAACAAUCCGUGCCGCCCCAACCCGUGCCGCAACAAGGCCGUGUGCCGGAUGAGGGAAGCCGAGGCGUACCAGUGCUUCUGCCACGAAGGGUUCACCGGCCCGACGUGUGCCAACGCGAGCAGCGCGUGUGAGCCCAGCCCGUGCCACCCGGCGUCGCGCUGCCUCAUUGUGCCGCAGGGCGGCUUCAAGUGCGAGUGCCCGCUGGGGCGCGAGGGCAAGCUCUGUGACCGAGACGUGGCGGUGGACAAGACCGCGGCCUUCAUCCCGGCCUUCAACGGCCUCACGUCGUACAUCGAGCGCGAGAGCCUGGAAUCCGUCAGCUCCACGCACCAGAGCAAGCUGACGCUGGAUGUGUCCUUCCUGAGCCAGGAGAAGGACGGCAUGAUCUUCUACAACGGCCACCAGACGGACGGGCGCGGGGACUUUGUGUCCCUCAACCUCGUCAACGGCUUCCUGGAGUUCAAGUUCGACCUGGGCAAGGGCCCCGCCGUCAUCAGGAGCGCCGAGCGGCUCCCGCUGGGCGUGUGGCACGUGGUGCGUGUGCAGCGCAGCGGCCGCUCCGGCUCCAUGACCAUCAACCAGGGCCGCCCGCUCACCGGGGAAUCCCCGAGCCCCCACACGUCACUCAACGUGAAGGAGCCAUUCUACGUCGGGGGAGCGCCCGACUUUAAGAAGUUUGCACGGGCGGCCGCCAUCACCACGGGGCUCACAGGCGCCAUCCAGCAGCUCUCGAUCGGCGGCACGGUCGUGCCGAGCCUCACCGAGGGGCACCGCGCCGCCGUGGACAUCACCAACUUCGUGCAGCACCCGUGCACGUCCGGCCAGAACCCGUGCCGCAACGGCGGGCAGUGCCGGCCCCAGCUGGAGCUCUACGAGUGCCUGUGUCCGCGCGGGUUCUCCGGCCGCACCUGUGAAAACGCCCUGGAGCAGCGGGAUCAGAGCGACAGCGUCGCGAUUGCGUUCGAUGGGAAAACUCACGUGGAGUUUUACAACGCAAUCAAGCACAGCGUGAAGUCGCAGCAGAACAACUCGCUGGCGCUGAGCGUGCGCGCCGGCGGCAGGCCGGGCCUGCUGCUGUGGCAGGGCAAGGCCCGCGAGGGCUCCGAUUACCUGGGCCUCGCGCUGAGCGGCGGCCGCGUGCACUUCACCUGGUACCUGGGCUCCCGCCCGGGCCUGCUGUCCGCCCCGCUGCCCGCCGACUCCAAGGCCUGGGUCCGCAUCAAGGCCUGGAGGCACCAGCAGGACGGGUGGCUGCAGGUCGGAGACGCGGAGGCCGUGACGGGGACGGCCGCGGGCGGAGCCACGCAGCUCGACACGGACGGGGCCCUCUGGCUCGGCGGUACGGCGGAGCGGCGCCGUGCGCCGCGCCUGCCGCCCGGCUCCACCGUGGGCCUCGUGGGCUGCGUGCGCGACCUCGAGGUGGGGGGCCACCCCGUGGACCUCCUCGCUGACGCCCUCCACCGGCCCCCGCUGCUCCACUGCUCCUCCUCGCGCUGACCACCCCCACUGUGACGCUCCGGGUCAUAUGCGUGGAGCGCUCCCCUUGGGUUCCUGGAUGCCACACGGAGACCUCUCAGCUCCAACUGCUCCACCCAAUUACUCCAAGCUCCACCUGGCUCCAGCUGGCUCCACCCAUUCCUCAUUGUGAAUGCUGAUCCAGUGUUCUUAGCAGCUACACAUUUACAAAGUGCACCCAAUAAAAUGUAAUUGAUAUUUUUUUGUGACACUGCAUUGGUGCACAAGCACAAUUAACAAAAAAUAAACUCAACACGUUCCGUGUCGGUAACAACACUGUCGCCUUAAAGGGAAGGAGAAAAAUAUACAAUUGGCCUCUUGUAUGUUUUUUUCCCUCCAUAAAAAUCAGGCAGGCCCAUGCGCGUUUUUAUUGGUUAGCGAGCGUCUAGGUGCACUGUGCAUAGUGGAAUGGGGGUGAGGUGGGGGGGGUGAUGCGCGUGUUUUUUUGGGUACGCUCUGUAAAUGUGCAGCUCGGAUGCGCAUGAUUGACGUGCACGACGGAUGGGGAAAUUUGUCAUCAGGAGGGACGCAUCGAUUCAUCGGUUAAAAUCGAUUCUUAUGCCCACGGUGCAUUCAUAGAAUCGUCUGCGUAAGAGUUGAUUAUUUUUUACUCAUGUUUUUUAUACCACUAUAGAUUAUAUAUUCAUACCACUGUAGAUUCUACACGCACCGCAAAGGAUCGAUUGGUCGAUCGAAUCGUGGAGAGGUUGAAUCGUUAAAUCACUGAUGAUUAAAUUUUAAUUCUUUAAUGACGCGCACGCCGAUACGCACUCAUUUCCACACACACACAGCGCACACGCGGACAAAGAGCCCCUUUGUAAGCCGAAACGGCUCUUUGGGGCAAGUGCCAUUAGCAAGCACCUGUGAAGUCCUGACGGCACACGAGGGGGUGGUGUGGUGGCCAGCACCACGCCCGGCCGCCUUUGUCUCUCCCAGUGCCAAUGGUUACACACCCCACGUACCGGUCGCGAUAAUCACCACUGACGUCAGCCGUGGCCGGGAAUCGAGCUCGGCUUCGCCGGGUUCGUGGCACGAGUGCGCUAACCACUACGCCACCGCUCCUCGCGCGGGGGGGAGUGUAAGAUGCGACGCGGUGUCUAUGGAGCUGCGUUCACUCCGCAGAAGUCGCUCCGAGUGGACGCGCGGCAGUUUGGAGCUCGGGGGGGGGGGGGCAGUCGGUCCCCCUCCAAGGAGCUCGGCGCCUCUGGCACACAGCGGAUCGGAGGUGCCGUGGGGGACGCUGUUGGGGGGGAGGGGUGGGGGGAUUAUGAGCAACCCCGGUCUCGACAGUCGUCGUCCGGUGGGGGGUGGGGGGGGUCCUGUCACUUUUGGCCGUGGGAGAAAAACUCCCCGAGGAACCCGCAGGGAAGCCGUGCGCAGACCAGGAGGGUGGGGGGGGGAGUGCAUCCUCCAUACGGGAGGGCAUCCCGAGUAGUUGGGGAUCGAGCCCAGCUGAUUGUAGCCGUGGGGCUGUCCCUGCCGCCACUGCCGCGCCGUCCACCUUGGGAGUCGAGGCGCCCGGCACGACCCAGCCGGGAUGACGCCAUGUCCGGGCCGUUCUUCAUCGAGAGUCUGUCCCAAGCAGCCUCCCCCCUCUGCCCGUCGCUAGCCACGCGAGGGUGUUGAGGUUGGAGGGGGGGGCUUGGGACAGCCCCCCAAAUUCACUCAUCCAUCCCCCCUCGCCACCACCACCACCAAGUCACCACGAAUCGGCUCCUAAUCAUCGCCUAACCUACACCGUCGCCAGGGAACGCGCCUGCCUGUUAACACUGCGUUAUCGUCGUGAUCGUCGUCGUCGUCGUUAUUAUUAUUUGUAUUAUUAUUGUUGUGUUGUUGUUGUUGCCGCGAGCGCGUUUGCCAUUGACCGUCGUCGUUGUGAGUCGGGGGAGCACUGAGUGUCGGGCAGGUGAGGGUCGGGCUGGGCAGGUGAGUGUCGGGCAGGUGAGGGUCGGGCUGGGCAGGUGAGUGACGGGCUGGGGGCUGGGCAGGUGAGUGUCGGGGCGGGGGCCCUGCGCCACUCCCUCCCUGCCCCCCCCCCUAUAUUUGGGAGCGUUUUGUAAUCCCAGAGAGCUCAAGGUGUGUAUAUUGUGGCGUUCUACUAAUUUUGUACCUGUUUCUACUCGCGGGUCUUCUUGCUGAUGUAACCUGCACUGCAGAACUCAAUAAACGGAUAUCUCGUCAA